CAGGCGGGCCCCGCCCUCCAGGUCCUUAUAACCAGAAAGCCUGUUUGCAGGACGCUCAAACAAAAACAAGAACACUGCAGACCACAACGCUGUUCUAUGAAGUAUUCCUGGAGUCGAACUCUGGCUUCUAAAGCAGUACGGAUUAUUACACUGGCUGUUUCGUUUUUUGACGACCAGAAAAACAACCAGACGCGGCCAUGGAUUUUCUCAACCACAGCUAUUUGAAUGCGCGCAACCCAUAUGACUAUACUUUUAAUUUCUGGAACGACUAUCUCGGGCUGACGACUCUGGUGACGAAGAACAACAAGCUGAGCAUGCCCCCGAACCCCAACUCCAUCACCGAGUCGCUGAAGGCGACGCUGGGCUUGGACGAUUCCCCGGCGUGCCCGUGCGUAAUCGUGGCGGAGCGCGGAGAGAGCGCGCACCCGGACUGCUGCUGCCCGCCCGGCAGCCCUCCCCCGACCUCCAUCUUAGACCUGAAGGAGCGCUUCUCCAUCCUCAGCCCCUUCCAGAGCCAGCUCGGGGUGCAGCUGCCCGAGAGGGAGGUGGUGAGCUUCGGCGGCAGCUUCGCCGGGUUCGACCUGUUCGGCGUGGAGCGCAAGAUGCGCAGCAAACCCGCGUCUUCCAGGAGCAAACAGGAGCCGAAAAUCUGCGUGUUCUGCAGAAAUAACGGAGCGCCCGAGGAGGUGUUCGGCUCCCACGUCCUGAAGACCCCGGACGGCCGGGUGGUGUGCCCCAUCCUGAGGGCUUACACCUGCCCGCUGUGCAGCGCCAACGGGGACAAUGCGCACACCAUCAAAUACUGUCCGCUGUCAAAGGAGCAGCCGUGCCAGCGGCCGCUGAAGGGGGGGAGGGCUGUGGGCGGUAAGAGGAUGAAAAUAUUCUAAAACAGAAAAGAAAAGAAAAAACAAGAUGAGACUACAAAGUAAAUUGAUUUGCACUGAACAAUUUCCAGAUGACUGUUUUUAAUUUCGGCUCUAGCCUUUUAUCCAAAUUUCAUAAACACAAUGAUUUUAUCUUUUUUUUCUCCUCUCUCUCUAUCUUUCUCUCUCUGUCUCUCUAAGAUCGCUUAUAUUUUUAUAGUUCUUUUAUUCACAUAGAAUAAUGUUAUCCUUUAUACGUUGGAGUUAUUUUUGUUUCUAGUUUGUAGUCAUCUGAGCGCGAACAUAUAAAUGCAUAUGUAUCAAUAAUUAAAAAAAGUGUGAAUACAUUAAAAAAAAACUACAACAACAAAAAAAAAA